AAGCUUAGUUCAAAUGGGAUAUAGUUUUCCCCUUGCUCUUCUCCGCUUUGAGUGAUGGGGCUUGGCUUGACCUGAAUAGUUUGCUUUUCCUGAGAACCAGCCCUCGGCCCCAUGUAGUAGAAGUGAAUUAUAUAAGAUUAAUAAAGAUGAAGGAAGGAAGAAAGAAAUUAAGGAGGAUAGCUAUAGCUAUAUGGUAAGUGGCAGGUAUAUAUAUAUCAGAGAAACAAGCUUUUGUGGUUGAUUGGUUGCAAAGGAGAGGACCACUUACUUUUGAAGAGGAGGAGAGAGCAGGGCGACUGCGUGGGUGUGGACCAUUCAAUUAAGGAUUCUUGUGCGUGUAGAGUUAAUAGUUUUUCUUUCUUUUUUAAAAUUCUGGGCGUGAAAUAAUUGAAGGGAUUUGGAUGUCUAGCUAGGAAACCUAUUCGAUCUGGAUAUAUUUAUAUGCCAGUGCCAUUGACCUACCUGCCAACACCCCCAGAGCGAGAGAGAGAGAGAGAGAGAGAGAGAGAGAGAGAGAGAGAGAGAGGCAUAUAUAAUUCUUGGCUUGGAGCUAGCUAGCUAGGUAGGUCAUCAUCACCACUAUCCGAUCUUCUGUUUCUGAUGAUAUGAGGAAUUGUCUGAUCUAUCUGCCUAGGUUAGCUGUCAUGGCGAACCAUCUUCAGUUGCAUUGAAAAUAAUCCCUGACAAACGAAAGCCGGCCCAAGUUCAGGGUAGGUAAAUUCUAAAGAAGAAGAAGAAGAAGAAGAAGCUAGUGGGUUGGAUGUCUGGUGAAAUCUUAAUCUAAGGCUCCCAAUCGUGAGAGAAAUUAAUCUUCUAGGAACAUGGUCUCGCCCGCUGCCUUAUGUUACUCGGAUAUUGUUUCAUCUAGCAACCCAACUAUUCAGACCCAUGUCGCCAACCAGAUCCAAACCUUCGAGUCCAACCCAGAAGACAUCUACCGCUUGGCCACAUGCGUGGAGAUGAUAGACUUUCCCCCACAAAAUCAACAGCAGCACAGUACUCAUCAUCGCAGUACAGGUUUGAUCUUUGGUAAACCUGUGAGCCACUCCACCGCUGCUCCCUCCUCUUCCAAGGCCAUCAAUGACUCAGCUAGCCAUUUUUACGAGCUCGAUCAGUGCUUCACCAAAUUCGAAUUCCCAACUGGGAUUUCCAAAACAACAAGUGGGAGUAUGAUGGUUCCUCCGGAUUCCACUUGGAUUACGAGUGGACAUGUUAAUCCUGGCGAGCAAUAUGAUGAAAGGUUUGAUUCCUCCAACUCUACAGAGGAGUUGUUUUACCAAAAAUCUGCUCAUUAUUUUCAUCUUAGAGACUCCAAGUAUUUGGGUCCUGCCCAAGAGCUUCUGAGCGAGUUCUGUGACAUUGCGAUGAAGCAAACCGAUCCGCCAAAGCAAAAGCCGCUUAAGACGAAACAGUGGGGGAAAGAUGAGAUUGCUGAUGCGCGCUGUUCUUCAACAAAGCAAUCUUUCUACUCCCUUGAUCCCGUGGACUUGCAGAAUAGAAAAGAAAAGUUGCUUUCAAUGCUGAAAGAGGUGGACAGAAGAUAUAAACACUACUGUGAUCUAAUGAAGGCUAUGGCAUCAUCAUUUGAAGCCAUAGCAGGCAGCGGCACGGCGUCCGUCUACACGGCAUUACCUUCCCGAACCAUGUCCAGGCAUUUCAAGUGCCUAAGGGACGCAAUUGUAGAUCAGAUUCGGGCGACGUCGAAAGCUAUGGAGGACAAAGACACAGCUGCGCCGGGGACGACGAGAGGCGAGACGCCGAGGCUGAGGAUUCUUGAUCAAACAUUAAGGCAACAAAAAGCCGUGCAGCAAAUGAGCAUUAUGGAGAAUAAUUUAUGGAGGCCGCAACGAGGCCUCCCCGAGCGAUCCGUUGCCGUUCUUCGAGCUUGGCUGUUCGAGCAUUUCCUUGACCCGUAUCCAAGCGACGUAGAUAAGCAUAUAUUAGCCCGCCAAACAAGUCUCACAAGAGGCCAGGUUGCCAAUUGGUUCAUCAACGCAAGAGUUAGACUAUGGAAACCCAUGGUGGAAGGACUGUACCUAGAAGAAACGAAGGAUCAAGGCAGUAGUACUAAUGCGGGCGACCGCCGGCCUAACCAAAACCCUAAACCGCACCCAGAAGAUACCAAGCCCGCCCUGGACCGACUCAAUCGAAUCGACUCCGACUCUCUCUCCUCCAUCAUCAAUAACCCAUCAGAGGAAAACAAGGCCAGAAACAGCAAACCCCUUGAAACCCUGCAGUUCCACAGCCACCCGCAGCAGCUGCUCAGAAGGUCGGCCGAGCCAUUCAGGGGGAUGGAGCUGAACUUCUCAUCAUACAACCAGGACACGGCGGGGUCUGUUUCAUGUGCAAAUGAUGAAACGGGCCAUAACCAGACUUUUGGGGGCGGUGCCGGGGUGUCACUGACGCUGGGUUUGCAGCAGCAUGGAGGAAAUGGGGUGAGCUUGGCUUUCUCACCAGCCUCUCAGGGCUCUAUCUUUUACCCCACGGAUCACAUUGUGGAUUGCCAACCAGCUCAGUUCUCGCUAUUUGAUAGCGAGGCGGCCCAGAAUCUGCCUCACGCAAACUUUGUGGGAGCACAGCUGCUACAUGACUUAGCCGGAGAGGGGGGAAAUUGAGGAAAGAAUUAUUAAAUAAUAUAAAUUGGAUCUAUUAUAAUUUUGUUAUGCGUGUGAGUUUUAGAUAAAUUGGAUAAUUUUUCCACACGUAGUAAAAUUAUAUAAGAUCUGAAGUACACACCGGUGUACUUACUACUGUUGUGUCAGUGUAAACACCUAAUUAAUACCACACCUAGUCUGGAGUUAUAAUCAGGGGUGGGUAGUUGGUGUAUGCAUGAAGUAAUAUAUAUAUAUAUAUAUAUAUAUAUAUAUAUAUGCAAAUUAAAGUGGUUUAGGGUAUAUAUACUCGCUAGUUUUGGUGGUUCGGACCUUUAAUAUAUGAUUUGGGAAAAAAUGUUCAUUAAGAUGAAAUAGAGGAAUAUUGCAAGUGGCAAUGAUUGAGGAAAA